AUGAUUAAUUUCGUGCUCCUAAUCAGCCGCCAGGGCAAGGUGAGGCUCACCAAGUGGUACUCGCCUUACACCCAGAAGGAGAGGACUAAGGUCAUCCGUGAGCUUAGUGGGCUCAUUCUUACUCGAGGGCCAAAACUCUGCAACUUUGUUGAGUGGAGAGGUUACAAGGUUGUGUACAGAAGGUAUGCCAGCCUCUAUUUCUGCAUGUGUACCGAUGCUGAUGACAAUGAGCUCGAAGUCCUUGAAAUUAUCCAUCAUUUUGUUGAGAUACUGGACCGCUAUUUCGGCAGUGUAUGCGAGCUGGAUUUGAUAUUCAAUUUCCACAAGGCCUACUAUGUACUGGAUGAGAUUCUCAUUUCUGGUGAGCUUCAGGAAUCUAGCAAGAAGAAUGUUGCAAGACUUAUUGCUGCACAGGAUUCAUUGGUAGAGGCUGCUAAAGAGGAAGCUGGCUCCAUCAGUAACAUCAUUGCCCAGGCUACGAAGUAA